UGACAGCCGAAAGCUCGCGCGGCGGCGCUGUUGCUAGCUACUCCUACUCGUACCAUCCAUCCGCGCCGUGUUCGUGGCCGCGACGGCCACCCGCUUCACGUGGCCGGCCGUUGGGUGAUUGGGUCGGCUCGCCGCGGUUGACCGGAGCGUUGAGCCGGUCGCGCCGCGGGGUGGUUGGCCGCUGCGUCGUCCGCACUCGCGUCGCGUCCGCUCCGGUUGGUACUCACCGUAGAUUACGCCGUGAAAUACGACGCGUAUAGUGUCUCAUCGUGGGCUGCGUGCGGUGGUGCUCGCAGACUAGCAAUGGGGAAGGCGGGGAGGUGGCUCAAGAGCUUCCUGUCCGGGAAGAAGGACAGGCCGCGCGCCGAGGCGAUGGCCGUGGCGGCGGCGACGCCUCCCGCUACGGGGGCACCCAAGGACAAGCGGUGGAGCUUCAGGCGGCCGGGGCAGGAAGGGAAGGCCGCCGCGACGACCCCGGCGGCGGGGCGUGGCGGGCCGGACGAGGGGCUCGGUCUGUCGGCGACGGACAUCGAGUUCGAUCAGAAGAAGCACGCCGUGGCGGUCGCGGUGGCGACCGCGGCGGCCGCCGACGCCGCGGUGGCCGCGGCGCACGCGGCGGCGGCGGUGGCGCGCCUGUCCUCUCGCAGGGCCAGCCUCGUCGAGGACGCGGCGGCGGUCAGGAUCCAGGCCACCUUCAGAGGCUACCUGGCGAGGACGGCGCUGUGCGCGCUGAGGGGCAUCGUGAAGCUCCAAGCUCUGGUGCGGGGCCAGCUGGUGAGGAAGCAGGCGAACGCCACGCUCCGGUGCAUGCAGGCGCUGCUCGCGGCGCAGUCCCACCUGCGGGCGCAGCGCAUGCGCGUCGUCCAGGAGCACUACCACCUGGUGCCGCCGCCGCCGCCUCCGCCCAGGCCACGGCACUCACGGCAGCACCCGAGGCACCGCCGGUCCUACGAGAUGGACAGGUCCUGCGAGGAGAACGCCAAGAUUGUGGAGAUGGACAUCGGCGAGCCGGCGCGGCGAGACGCGGCCAAGGACAGGCAUCUCCUUGCCGAGCACCACGGCCGGUGCUCGCCGGCGCCGUCGGCGGUGACGGAGCUGAGCCCGAGGGCGUACAGCGGCCACUUCGACGAGUUCUCGGUGGCGACGGCGCGGAGCAGCCCGCGGCACGGGUCGGCGGCCUCCGAGGCGUGCCCGAGCUACAUGGCCAACACGGAGUCGUCCCGCGCCAAGGCGCGGUCCCAGAGCGCGCCCCGGCAGCGCACCGACGCGCUGGAGCGGCAGCCGAGCCGGAGGAAGGGCACCCCGCCGAGGGGGGGCGCCAAGAUGCAGCGGUCCUCGUCGGUGGCCGGCGCGGCGCCGCGCGGGGGCGGCCAGUCGUCGCCGUGGUCGGCGGGCGUGAGGCUGGACGCGUCGCUCAAAGACAGCGAGUGCGGGUCCACCAGCUCCGUGCUCACCGCGGCCACCGUGUACAGCCGGACGCGGUCGCUCGUCGGCUUCGAGGUGCGACGCGGCCUGUACUGAGGCCUUCUUGUCCCAGGUGUAUGCCAUGGAUGGGCAUUUCUUCCAAUGUGCCAAGAGAGCAACGAACGUGGCUGGUUCAGAGCAGUACAUAGUCGCAUUUGAAAGUUUGAAAGUUGAAACUGUAUAUUUUUGUGGUCCACUUUGUGAAGUUUUGCGAGGUAUUGGUUGGUAUGAACGGAUACCACGACACACAAUGUAAUAAGGUUUGAUUGCAAACCCUCGUGGAAUAUACAGUAUUGUUUAGCUGUGAAAGAAGCAGGUGUUCACUAGUGU